GGCCCAACUGCUCGCGCAAUGGUGUAGCAAAGCAAAGGGCUUGAUACCCUUAGGAUUCUCGAUUAGACUUCCGGUUCCCGAAUGCAAUGGUCAGCAAGGGUGAUGGAAAGACAACCGAAUUAAUGUUUAAAAUCCUAGUUUCCUUCCUCCUUAAUUUUCCAUAUCCCCAGGAUAAUUAACUACGAACCCCAAAAUUAGACAUUCCCCUUGGUGUUUAAAACAACCCCGAAUUCUGUUCCAACAGCCGAUGAGAGAGGGAAAUAACUUUUUUGAAAAAAGGUGCAGAGGGAUGUCAACCGACAGAGGGCGUUAUUUUUGUCAAGGCACAAAGCGAGAGGGAGUUUCGAACUCGGCCUUAUUUCUACUUUUGCAUUUCCAUCCUCACGCACUGCCUAAGGGGGUCCUAACGGAAACCAGAAGUGGAGCUUUUUUUCUUGGAGCUGUCGGCUUCUGCCUCUUUGAGAAGGAGGCGGGCUUUGCUGCCUCGGAAAGCGGCCUCCGCGGCCGCCCUUGCCCAAGAUGGCUGCCCGCGGGGAACGCGGCCUCAAAGAAAGAUGGCCGCUACGGAGGCCGAGAGAUCGGAGCGAGGAAUUGCUGUACAGUAGUAGCUCGAUGGUGGCUAAGGAGGAGGAGCCUCGCUUCGGGUCACGUGAGCAGGAAGCGCCGAGGGGUCGGGAAGCCCCCUCUCUCCAGGCGAGGUUGCCCCAACCACCUUGGGUGGCUUCCAGCAUAUAUAAAAACGCAAAGAUGGCUCCAGCACAGAAUGCAGGACCAGCUGAAGUAUGUGAGGAGUUGGACCAGGUCAUCCUCCACCUUUUUGAUACUCUGGAGAUGCUCCAGACCAAGAGGAAAGCUUUUAACAACUUGAUAGAGCAGGGUUGGUUCUCGCUCUCCAAGUCCCGCUAUGCCAUGGGUAACAAAUCUGUCUCUCCCCUUCAGUAUGGACAUCAGAUGACUCCAAUGGUUCAGGUGAAAACUAGAAAGAAAGACAAUGGUCAGAUGGGGUUUCAUGUGGUGUCAGAGGAUGUGAAGGCUGCCAAACCAACAGCUACAGAUGCUGUGGAGGAAAUUGGCCCUAGUGAGCAAGUUCUACGAUGGCGAAAAGGUCCAGGGAAAGCACAGGCUCCAGCCCAGCCCCCAAAGGCCUUCCGCAAGGCUGCCGAGGGAUCAGGGCAUCAAAAUCCCCUGACAUGGUUUGGAAUCCUUGUGCCCCAAAGCCUCCGACAAGCCCAAAGGACUUUCCAAGAAGGAAUUCAACUGGCUGCAGAAAUCGCCUCGUUACAGAGUGACAUUGAGACCACACAGAGGCAUUACCAUGCAUUGCUGGGGGAAAAGCACAAACUUGUAGCAAGGGAAAAGCAACGCUGCCCUUGAACAGCUAUGACCAUCUCUCCGCGGAGAGCAUAGAUAGAAGAAUGGGGCCUGUAUUUAUUGGGAUGCAUCCCAGAAGCCGCUUGCUCCAUGUAUUUUUUAACUGUACUUAAUAAAUAAGGGCUUCAGAAACGUCUGGAAACCUUGCUUGUGGA